AUGAAGUCGUCAAACUCCGCGUUUCUUCUAUCAAUGGCGCUUGGCCAAUUUGCUGCCAGCAGGGCUGUUGGCAAACGAGCAAUUUCUUCGGCCGUGAGCGGCACACCCAUGGGUUUCGCAUCUGCAGUGACCGGCGGUGGCGCUGCUGACCCAGUGUACCCGACUACUAUCGACGAGCUAAAGACCUACCUCACUUCCGAUGAUCCUCAAGUCAUCGUAAUAUCCGGCAGUUUUGACUUCUCAGGCUCAGAGGGCACGUCCUCCUACGAUGCUUGCGACUCAUAUUCUUGCAGCCCAUCUGACGGUGGACAAGCGCUGCUCAACACCCUUGAUGGCUGUGGCUCUACAUCGACUUAUAGCGUCUCAAUCGAUACCGCCGCUUACCAAGGCAUCAAUGUCGCCUCAGACAAGACUCUAGUUGGCAAAGACAAUGCGACGCUGAACGGAAAAGGAUUGCGCUUUGUUGAUGCUUCCAACAUCAUAAUUCAAAAUAUUGAAAUCACGAAUUUGAACCCUGAAUAUGUUUGGGGUGGAGAUGCUCUCACCUUCUCUGGUACUCAAAAUGUUUGGAUCGAUCACGUUACGACUUCGAAUCUGGGCCGUCAACACUACUCCUUUGGACAGGAUGCUAGCAGUGGAAUCGCCAUCUCUAACAGCUUUCUUAAUGGCGAAACUGCCCACUCUGCUACGUGCGACGGUCACACCUACUGGGCAUUGGAGCUUGUUGGUUCUGACGAUCAGAUCACAUUUUACACGUAUUUGGGCCGUGACUGUGUGUCCAACGAGCUGUCUUCUUCAGGAGACUUCAGUUAUGAUGACACGUCCUUCCUUUCCGAGUUCCAAGGCCAGUCCAUUCCUGAAGCUGAAUCAGCCUCGUCUAUACAAAGCACAGUUCCGGCGCAGGCAGGAAACACGUUGUAA